AUGAUUCCAGCUGAUCAUGAAAAACAACUUAAUCUACACGGGUAUCAAAUACAGUUGCCUGGGGCGAUCUCAAUAGAUUAUUCCCGAACAGGAGUGAAAUCAAAACAACCAUUGACAGGUUAUAAAUGGAAUGUAACAGUGGAAAAUCUUCCAGUCUGUAUCAGACGAAGAUUGGAGAAGAUGGAGUCAAAAGCGAAAAUCAAAUCCCACGUUCUGAUGUUUGGACUUUCAGUCAAUUUACUUUUGACGCUAUGUUCACUCGGUUUUACGUGCUAUUCUUUGAAUCGAUUAGAUUCACGUCUAACAGCAGUUGAACAGAAUCAAUUGCUUCAAAAUCCUCCUCAUCAGCCUGCCAACCAAGUAAUAACCAAGCCAACACAUGCUCAACUGCGUCGCAGUGGAUCAUAA